GUAUAGUUCGAGGUCUACUCGUGUCCAUCGUGCGAACCAGAAGUACUUUCAAGGCGGACAGUCUACGCGGCCGUACCCGUGUGUUACAUCACUUCCGUAAUAAACAACGUUACUAGGAAGAAUACGAGGUGAACUUGCUCAACUGCCUUCAAGAUGAGCCGGGAUGCUCCCAUCCACAGCUGGCCUGGUUCCUAUUACAUCAACAAUGAGAAGAGGUGGGAGAGCGGAACCCUGUCUCUCACCAGGACCAUGGUGCGCUUCAUCUCAAGCCAGAGCAAGGAGUGUCUCUCCAGCUUCCGCCUGUCCAGGAUCAUGGAGAUCAAGAUGGAGUCAUCUAGUUUCAUCUUCAGCACCCUCACAGUGCUCGAGGAGGGAAACGUCAAGCACUGGUUUGGUUCCCUCAAGCCCAACCGGGUGGCCGUAUUUAAUGUGCUGGAGCAUUUCUGGAGAGAGCGGCUUCUUUCACCUACCUCAGAGGCUCGGGGGGCUGAAUGUCAUCCUUCAAAGGGGAGGGAGCUGAUCAACCUGGUGGUUGGGGCCCAGAGAAGACUGGAGGACACUGGCAGAGUCCUCAGCCACCAGGGAGAGCAGUUUGACAACAUGAUGCAGGGAUUGGAGAAGAUUGACUCUGAUCUGGGUGUUGCUGAUAAACUUCUUUCAGAGCUCGAGUCUCCCUCCUGGUGGCCUUUUGGUAAACUCCCCUGGAAGACUCAGCAGGAGGCCAAAGCCGAGGACGCCGCCAAGGCUGCAGCGGCUAUCUCAGCGGGCAAAGUUUCUAGCAGAAGCAAGGUGAUCACAAGCAUCCCGGCAGUGUUGUCCAAAGGCGGAGACUCGGACUUGAAGCCUGGAUGUUUGCUGGUGCUGGUUUCCUCACUGGAGGUGCGAGACACAAACUGCCACCUCCUCCACCGAUUUGAACGGAACGAAAUUGAUGAAAUCAGGGUGCACAGCCCCUACGAGAUCACAGUUAGACAGCGGUUUAUAGGAAAACCAGAUAUAUGUUACAGGUUCCUGUCAGCCAAGAUGCCAGAGGCAAUGUCUGUGUUAGAGAUGCAGUACAAGAAGAAGAUGGAGUUGACAAGUGAAUACGCAGCCUUCAAGGCAACUCCGCUUUCAUCUCCUUCUGACAAAGAAGGGACUAACUGGAAUGAAGGUAAAUGCCAAGAGACCGAGCUGCCAGUGGAGGUCCCGGCAGGAGAGCUGUCGCAGUUGCAGGUGCACGUCCUGCAACCAUCUGUCAGUCAGGCUGAGGCCCAGGAACUCAAGCAGAUGCUGAUGCAGCUAAAGAACCUUGCUCUGGAGGCAGAGUCGGAGCUGGAACGGCAGGACGAGGUCCUGGACGUCCUAACAAGCUCAACGGACCAUGCCACAAUGCACAUUGGGAUGCACACGAGUCGAAUGAAAAGACUGCUGUAGUCCCAACAGUUGAAAACAACGGUCCAUGCUCCAUCGUUGGCCUCAGAAGGCCUUCUGCUCAAAGAAACCAUUAAAGACUGGCACAUGAUCUUGAUAGAUCCUAAGACUUAGUGGUACUUGAUGAUGUAACUGCAGGUGCCUCUUAUUUCUAGCAGGGUACUGAUGGGUUUCCUAAAGUCAAGUUUAAACAUAACUUGCUGUGAAAAUAGAGCUUUGGUUCAAUGCAAUUAGGUGACACAUAGCUUCAAAGGUUUCUUUAACAGAAAAUGACUGUUUUAAGCAUUAAAUUCAGUUGUUUAAAAUGUAUUCUACAAAAAUAGCUUCUGUUUGUCAAACCAUUGGUUAACAUUUUAAAACCUCCCUCAAGCCUCAUAAUCUCUUGUUUCUGAUUCGAAAGCAUUGAUUUGUUUCAACCUAGUAAUGCAUUUGUCCUGAAUAAUGUACUGUUGCACUUCAUUUUUAUGUUUCUCAGGUUAUAUAUGUCACUUAUCCUUUUAGAAAAGGGGUUUCCUGUCUCUUACUAAUCCAUGUGACCAUGUAACCUUAUUUUCUACAGGAACAUGGGAAAUGUAAUUGAAAAAACUCUACAUAGCUAAACACUAACAUUUUGAACCUUGUAUGACAAGAGAAAUCACACAUUUAUUUAUUAUUGUAAAAUGUGUAUAUUGCAAGUGAUACUUUAAUAUUACUGUACAUUAUUUACACCUAAUGCAAUUCUCUUAUUCUGCCUUUUUUUUUUUUUCAACUUGCAAAUUAGCCUGAAUUUUUAAGAGUGGACUGACCCUUUUUUUAAAUGAUCCUCAGAUCUGUUUUAUUUUCUCCUUGAGUGGUAAAGACCGAUAAAUAAAAAACAAAAAGCGUGGGAGAGUUUA